ACCUGUGUUUAGUCAGACCAUUAUCGGUGGAGAAGUCAACUCGACGGUGUUAAGGCAGCCGAUCUUAUAUAAGGAGGUACUAUCGAGUUAUUCAUUUUCAUUGUGCCGGUCGCUCCGUUUUCGGGCAUUUUAGUCACUCAACAUGAGGCUUGCGGGCUACAAAUAUGUCGUCGUCCUGGGUCUACUCAUGGUCCUAGAGCUAAGCAACGCAGCCGCACCUGUCCGCAGACGAAGCGCCAGCAGCAGCAGCAGCAGUAGCAGCAGCGAAGAAGGUGGUGCUGGUGGCGGCGGUGGUGGUGGUGGUGGUGGCGUCAGUGGUGGUGGUGCUGGAGGUGACGGUGGCGGUGCUGGAGGUGACGGUGGUGGUGCUGGAGGUGACGGUGGCGGUGCUGAUGGUGGUAGCUCCGGGGAAAACGACGGCAUAAUCGGCACCACUCAGGGAGUAUUAGAGAAGAUUCCACUUAUUGGAGGUACACUAUCGGGUGGAAUUCAGAAGGGUGUGGACGGAUGGCAUUAUAGCCAGGAUCUCACCAAUGGUGCUAUUGGUCGUGUCCUCGGUGGUGCUUUCCCGUGCACCCUUGAUCUUGAUUCCUUCAAAUGCACCGGUGUUUCCACGACGAGUGAUGUCUCUGACCUCGUCGAGAACAUUCUCGACCCGAUUCCAGGGCUCAUGCUACCCGGACCCUUUAAGAGUUUGAUUGUGUUCUUAGUGGACCUCUCAUGGGCACCCUUGAUGGAUCUGUUGUUCGGUGGUGUCAAGAAUUAGUUUUUCGUAUUUUGUUACCAUUGUCAUUGAUGUGUUUUGUAUUUAGAACGAGGAAUUGUUCUGAUGGUGUUUUGGGGUUGAGCUUAUUGUUAUUGUUGAUUCCCUGUAUCUUCGUUAAUCUAUUGUAAAUGAAUAAGUAUAAUAAAUGGGUACUAUAUCGCAAAA